AUGGCUGCUCCGCGCGCCGCGCCCCCGCGCAGCCCGCCCGCGCCGCGCCGGCUCCGGCUCCUACUGCCGCUGCUGCUGCCGCUGCUGCUGCCCGCGCCGAGCGACGCUGUGUUUUCUUCUACAGGAGUGGUGAGGUCGCUGAGAGUAAAGGUUCUAGAAACCUCCCUGUUCCUGAAUUUUGGGAAGUCUGAGUUGACGCUUGGUCUUGGCCACUCUGCUGAACUGGCAUUUGCUGUGGAACCAAGCGAUGAUAUUGCAGUCCCUGGGCAGCCUAUAGUGCUGGGCUGCAGAGUGGAGGGGACUCCUCCAGUGCGAAUCACCUGGAGGAAGAAUGGGGUGGAGCUGCUGGAGAGUACCCACUCCACCUUGCUGGCCAAUGGGUCCCUGAUGAUCCAUCACUUCCGGCUGGAUCGGGGAGGCAGCCCUUCAGACGAGGGUGACUAUGAGUGUGUGGCUCAGAACCGCUUUGGGCUGGUGGUCAGCCGGAAGGCUCGAAUCCAGGCUGCAACCAUGUCCGACUUCCACGUGCAUCCUCAGGCCACCGUGGGAGAGGAGGGCGGUGUGGCCCGCUUCCAGUGCCAAAUCCACGGGCUGCCCAAACCCCUAAUCACGUGGGAGAAGAACAGAGUCCCCAUUGACACGGACAAUGAGAGGUACACAUUGCUGCCCAAGGGGGUCCUGCAGAUCACAGGACUUCGGGCUGAGGACAGUGGUGUCUUCCAUUGCGUAGCCUCGAACAUUGCCAGUGUCCGGGUCAGCCACGGGGCCAGGCUCACCGUGUCAGGCUCAGGCUCCGGGGCCUACAAGGAGCCAAUGAUACUCGUGGGGCCUGAGAACCUCACCCUGACAGUGCACCAGACUGCGGUGCUUGAGUGUGUCGCCACGGGCAACCCGCGCCCCAUUGUGUCCUGGAGCCGCCUGGAUGGCCGCCCCAUCGGGGUGGAGGGCAUCCAGGUGCUGGGCACUGGCAAUCUUAUCAUCUCAGAUGUGACCGUCCAGCACUCCGGCGUCUAUGUCUGUGCAGCCAACAGGCCAGGCACCCGGGUGAGGAGAACAGCACAAGGCCGGCUGGUGGUGCAAGCCCCAGCUGAGUUUGUCCAGCACCCCCAGUCCAUCUCCAGGCCAGCUGGGACCACAGCCAUGUUCACCUGCCAAGCCCAGGGUGAGCCACCCCCUCAUGUCACAUGGUUGAAGAAUGGACAGGUGCUGGGGCCAGGAGGCCACGUCAGGCUCAAGAAUAACAACAGCACCCUGACAAUUUCUGGAAUCGGCCCUGAGGAUGAGGCCAUCUACCAGUGUGUGGCUGAGAACAGUGCUGGCUCCUCACAGGCCAGUGCCAGGCUGACCGUGUUAUGGGCUGAGGGGCUGCCUGGCCCCCCCCUCAAUGUGCAGGCAGUCUCUCUGUCACCCACUGAGGUCCGUGUGUCCUGGAAUGAGCCCCUGGUCAACACCAAGGAGAUUAUCGGCUAUGUCCUGCACAUCAGGAAGGCUGCUGACCCUCCGGAGCUGGAGUACCAGGAGGCAGUCAGCAAGAACACCUUUCAGCACCUGGUGAGCGACCUUGAACCCUCCACUGCCUACAGCUUCUACAUCAAGGCCUAUACCCCAAGGGGGGCCAGCUCAGCCUCUGCCCCCGUGCUGGCCAGCACCCUGGGUGAAGCACCUGCCCCACCCCCGUUGUCCGUGCGGGUCCUGGGCGGCUCCUCCCUGCAGCUGCUGUGGGAGCCCUGGCCCCGGCUGGCCCAGCAUGAGGGAGGCUUCAAGCUGUUUUACCGUCCAGCAAGCAGGGCCUCCUUCACCGGCCCUGUCCUGCUGCCUGCAACAGUCUCCUCCUACAACCUCAGCCAACUCGACCCCACCACGGUGUACGAGGUGAAGCUGCUGGCCUACAACCAGCAUGGGGAGGGCAAUGCCACAGUCCGCUUCGUAUCUUUGAGAGGAGCAUCUGAGAGGACAGCCCUGAGCCCACCAUGUGACUGCCGGAAGGAGGAACCCACCAACCAAACGUCCACUACAGGCAUCGUCAUUGGCAUCCACAUCGGGGUCACCUGCAUCAUCUUCUGUGUCCUCUUCCUCCUGUUCGGUCAAAGGGGCAGGGUCCUCUUGUGUAAGGAUGUAGAAAACCAGCUCUCCCCUCCUCAGGGCCCCCGGAGCCCAAGGGAUCCUAGCAUCCUGGCACUGAAUGGGGCAGGACGGGGAGAGCGGGGCCGAGACAAGAAGCGUGUGGACAUGAAAGAACUGGAACAGCUGUUCCCCCCAGCUGGGGCAGCGGGGCAGCCGGACCCCAGACGCGUGCAGGAUCCUGGGGACCCUGCCCUGUGUGAGGAGACCCAGUUCUCCAUGCUGCCACUUGAGGGAUUCAGCCUUCUGGAGGAGAGGACAUCAGAAGCCAAGGCCCCCUUCGCAGGCCCCGCAGCUGCCCUGCCACCCCAGGACGGAGGCCCCGGGUUCCUCAGUGAAGGACAGGCUACUCGGGCCUCCACAGCACCAGCUGCCCAGCCAGCUCACUCAGGCCAGUAGCCAGUGUCUGGCAGGCUUCGGAGGGGGCAACCCCCCAAUUCUCAGGUCAAAGGCAAGAUUUCUCCUGUCAUGUGGGACUUGGAUGGGGGGCUUCCCAGCAUUUCUGUCCUGACUGCCCCUCAGGUUGUCAAGACCUAAAGUAGCCUCAGCAGGGACCUCCCUCCCUAGAACCUGGAGGGGUUCCUUCAGGAGCCCCUCCCUUGGACUAAUGUCCCCCCUCACCUUUGCCUGGUACCCACAUGACUUGGAACUGAACUAAUGUUUUCCUUUAAAAAAAAAAAGAGAGAAAAGAGAGGGGAAGGUGAAUUAGACUCCAAAAAUACGCCCCUGCUGUGGCUGGGCCCCUGACACUGUCACCCUCCACUGACCUUGUUUUCUCAGGAUGGAUUUUUGCUGUUUGGCUCUCAGCACCUACCUCAGCCGGAAUGAAUGUUCUUGGGGGAGUUGGGCCGUGGCCUCAGCCCCCAUCCCCAAACAGAGCCCCAAAUGCACUCCUACCUCAAGCCCCUGUAGGGGCACCCCCCUCUCCCUUCCCAUAUUGUUGUCAAGAGUUUAAAAAAAAAAAAAAAAAAAAAGAAAAAAAAAAAAAGCACUUCCCCAUUUCCAGGUGUGAAAGAAAACAUCUACCUCAAGGCUCGCUGGCUCUCCGGGCCUGGUUGUUAUCACUGGACCCUCCUCCUGCCCGCAGCCCUUCUAUUGCUCCCCCAGAGAGGAGGCCGGAGGCUAAGUCACCAAGGGCAGGCCUCUCAGGAACUACAGAAAUAAAAAUGGAAUUGGUCAAAGAAAAUGUGAAAAAAAAAAAAAAAAAGCCAAAAAUGAGAGGAAAAUUUGUUCCUUAAAGUAUAAAUUGCUCCAGACCAGCCACCUCCCAGCAUGCUGCCGUUGCUCCUCCUUGUCCAUCUGUCCACUCCCGUUCCUACCCCCUCAAGCCAACUGAUCCUUGACUUGGAUCCCCACGACCCUCUCUCGGCCUGAGUGGGGGGUGGGGGGGUGGGUAUCACCCUGUGGCCUGCCUUCUAUUCUGCCCAGAGACACGGAGCCCCUGGAGCGGACUGGGCGUGUGACAGGUGUGUGCGCGUGUCGGACAGGGAGAUUUCCCUGGCACAGAUGCCCAGUGCUCUAUCCCAUGGGACACGGCCUGUUUGACCCAACCCCGGACAGUGGAACGACCACUGUCAGCAGAUGUGGCUGGAAGAUAUUUUUAUACAAGGUGUGUUUAAAGAUUUAUGUUCUUGUGACUUCUUGUUUUUCCUUUCUGUUGUGUUGUUUUUCAAUAUACUUAAAGUAGGAGAAAAAAAAAAAAACAAGGAAACAAAUACCUAUUUUUGGUUAAUUCAUUUUUUUAAAUAGAAGUAAAACUUUUUUUUAAAGAAAAAAAAAAAGAUAAGUGUAUUCCUUAAGUAUGAGAUUAGACCAUAAAGUCCCUGACCCCCAACCCUAAAGUUUAGUUAACUAGCUGAAGAAGGUAGAAUUUGUGGUGUUUUCCUAGGAGACUGGAGUCAUGUCCACGUGGACUCGGGAAAGGGCAGUCUGCCCCUUCUCCUGAAUGCUGGGCCUGUGCCGACGGCCCCUCAAAACUCCCACUCUGUCCCUGCAUUGGCCUCUCUGCACCCCCCUUCAUCCUGGAACCCCCUCUCCCAUGGGAAGAGCGGUCUGGGGUAGGAGUGGGAUGGGAAGCCCGCUGGCCUGACUUGACCUGACUUUUGUCACACUCUACUCAUUCUGACUGAAUAAAAGUCCUGUUGCCAAAGUGAA